GAGUAUCGCAAUGCUAUGAUUCAAUGAAGUAGAAGCGGUAUAGUCAAAUCCAAUAUAACCUGCUAAAAGAAUGCAAUAGACAAUCAGAUAUAAUUGUAUGUGGCUAAUGUGAAUCUUCAGUCUGUUUCUCUGUGCAUUGGAUUACUAACUGUCAGACUGAAGGCCGUUAUUUAACUUCAUCAUGAAGAGGUCAUUACUUAUUCACACUGUUUUAUUCCUCGGACAGUAUGGAUGGAUAUGCGCUCAAAGUCCUACGAAAACAACAUUACCUGUUGCAGGCGGUGCCAGGUCUCAGUACCACACUAUUUCUAAAUCUGACAGACAACGAACUCUCGAUGAUUUACUUGCAAACUACGACCCAAGGAUACCUCCAAACUACGAAGAAGAUUUUCCCGUUACAGUUCUUGUACAGCUCCAUAUAACAAAUAUAGACAGUAUCAGCGAAUCUAAUAUGGACUAUACCAUUGGGAUGUUUCUGCGACAAACGUGGAACGACAGCAGACUCGCCUAUAAGAAAAUCCCUAAACUGAGGUCCUUGGAACUUGAUUCACGUCUAAUGGACAACAUCUGGGUUCCUGACUUAUUCAUUGCCAAUGAAAAAGAUGCCCGGUUUCAUUUAGUUACAGUGCCAAAUAAACUUAUGCAUAUUUAUCCAGAAGGACGGGUACAAUACAGUUUAAGAAUAUCUGCGACAUUACAGUGCAGUAUGGAUCUGAGAAAAUAUCCGCUGGACUCACAGAUAUGUUAUGUAAUGAUGGAAAGCUACGGUUACAGUACUGAGGUUCUUGAAUUUCGCUGGAAUCCACAACCUGUGUCUAGAGAUUCUAGGCUGCAGUUAGCCCAGUUUGAUUUCGGAGACAUGCGAACUUAUCAGUGUGAUAAACAAUACGUAGCAUUAAAUUACACCUGCAUCACCUUGGACUUUGAGCUGAGGAGAAGUUUUGGUUACUAUAUAACACAGAUAUACAUACCAAGCAUACUGAUUGUUUGCCUUUCAUGGGUUUCGUUCUGGUUAGACAUGGACGCUGUACCGGCCAGAAUAUCUCUGGGAUUAUUAACAGUACUUACAAUGACCACACAAAGUGCAGGAGCACGCUCGUCCCUUCCGAAAGUUUCAUAUGUUAAAGGAAUCGACGUCUGGAUGGCAACAUGUUUGCUGUUUGUAUUCGCCGCACUGAUAGAAUUUGCAUAUGUUAAUGUGCAUUCACGUGUAGAAAAGCGCCGUCGCCAGAGCUGCGUGGGGACUCAUAAAAUUAUUAAUGGAAAUGAUCCGGACACAGAGGUUGAUUACGAAAAGAGACGCCAAUCAAGGUUCCGAAUGUUUAUGCCAAGCAGAGAAAAAGCCAGGACAUGUGAUCGCAUAUCAAGAAUUGCUUUUCCUAGUGUUUUCUUUGUGUUUAAUGUAAUCUAUUGGUGUACUUAUGCAAUAUGGAAACCUGAAAAUACUACGUUUUCUUGACAUGAAGCUUUAUUGGCUAAAAACUUAAUUCAUCGCAGAUUUAACAUUGAAAAAAGUAUUUGAUAAAAUUGCUCAGUCUAAAGAAGUUAGGUAACUGUUGGCAAAAUGCACUUCAUUGCUGUAUAUACUUGUAUUACAUUCAGAUUUUGUGGUUGGA